AUAAAAUUAAUACUAAUACGUGUAUAUUGCCUAUAUUUUUUUACAAUGGGGUGGUGCCAGUUCUUGUCGAGGAUACUGAAAAUAUAUACGUGUUUAAAGAUUCUAUGAUCAAGUGUAAUGAAGAGUUUUUAUUUGUUUUUAAGUUUGAGUCUAUUUGGAUUUUCAGCACAGAAAUCCACGCCUGAUGAUACAAACUAUGUGGGAGCUGUGGUCGAAUACCUGGAGAAUGCAAACUCGACCAUCAAUUUGAAAAAUUAUGUUCAAUUAAUACAAGAUGCUGCUGUACAGAAUGCCGAUAUCAUCGUGUUUCCUGAGUUAACACUGACAUUAUCACACCCUGUUGUAGUUCCUCUCAACGGCACGCUAAAAGACUACCCGAUACCAGCUCUCGCACCAACACUUUACGAUAAGUUACUGGUGUCCAUAUCAUCAGCGGCAAUGGAGAAUGAAAUAUAUGUAGUGAUUAAUCUGGAAGAGUUGUUGGAUUGUACCAGCGGGGAUGUUGCCGGGGAAAACUGCCCGGAACCAAGGGUUUAUAUUUUUAACACCAAUGUAGUAUUUGACCGAACAGGCGCAGUUAUCAAUAGGUAUCGCAAAAUUAAUUUGUUUGGAGAAUCCACACGGACUCGGGCCGUUUCGCCGGACUUAGGAAUAUUUGAAACUGACUUUGGUGUUACCUUUGGUCACUUUAUCUCUUUCGACCUAUUGUUUCAAGUUCCAGCAAUUCAAAUGGUUCAGAAGCACAAUAUCACUGAUAUCAUCUUCCCUGUUAAGUGGUAUUCCGAGAUGCCGUAUUUAUCUGCCGUAUCAAUCCAGGAGGCAUAUGCCUUUACUAUGAACGUUAAUUUCUUGGCGGCUGGAGCAAAUGACGUUGGAAUGGGAAGGGCAGGUUCUGGCAUUUACUCUGGCAAAUCUGGAGCAUUAGUUAGCAUAAUGACUGGCAUUCCUACUACUAGGCUACUUGUUGCCAGUGUACCUAAAGUUCCUGGACGGGUUGUUGGUGCCGUUCAGGGCCCUCUAUAUAACGAGCCUUCAGACCAAGACAGUCUUCACCUGACAAUUGACCAGUCAUUGUUACUCCAUACAACAAGGUUAUUGGCUCCGGGAACUCAGCAUGACUUUACGCUUAUAAACAAGGACGUCAUUUGUAUCUUUCAUGUGAAGUUUAGUGAGGGAAACGCAGUUCAGAAAUAUAGAUAUAGAGCUGCGGCAUUCAGUGGCGUGCGAACGUAUGACCGGAUAGUUUCCGGUGGAUCAAGGAUCUGCUCCGUAUUUGCUUGCACCAAUGAUACAAUAGAAUCUUGUGGCCAAAGGUAA